UCGGACUGGUAUCUCUAGGUAGUUAUAGAGAUUGGUAUCCCUGCCAGGCAGAAUAUGGACAAUCUACGUCCAUAGUCGCCGGCAUGGGGUUUCGCAUCACAACAUGGAAUGUCAACGGAAUUAGAAAUCCAUUUUCAUAUGAACCAUGGAGAAGCACGCGGACUUUCGAGUCCAUGUUUGACAUACUGGAAGCCGAUAUUGUUGUGUUUCAGGAGACCAAAAUCCAGCGGAAAGACCUCAGAGAUGACAUGGUUAUGGUACCAGGGUGGGAUUGCUAUUUUAGUCUGCCUAGAGUAAAAAAAGGUUAUUCUGGGGUUGUUAUAUACACUCGUAACGCGACGUGUGCCCCGAUCCGUGCUGAGGAAGGGCUUACCGGGACGCUUUGCCCACCAAAUUCUUCAGUCUCGUUUCGAGAUCUUCCUGGGGAUCAGCAAAUUGGGGGCUAUCCGACCCUGGAGCAGCUAUCGUUGCUUGAAGUGGAUGCAGCGGUUCUUGACUCUGAAGGACGCUGUGUCAUCCUUGAAUUCCCGGCUUUCGUUCUCUUAGGGGUUUAUUGUCCGGCUAACCGAGAUGAAACCCGGGAUAAUUUUCGACAUAGUUUCCUCGACCUCUUAGAUGCUCGCGUCCGGAAUUUAGUCGCCAUGGGUAAAAGAGUUUUCGUAACAGGGGAUCUGAACAUUUCAACCGGCAUGAUCGAUUCAGCUCAUGCGUCCGAAAAUAUCCGCAAAGGUAGCUUAACAGAGGACGAAUACAUCUCCGCACCAGCACGCCGAUUUUUCAACCAUCUUUUAUCCGGGGGAAAGGUCGUCGGUGAGCGUGAUGAGGGGAGAGAACAGCCAGUUCUCCACGAUAUUUGUAGGUCCUUUCACCCUGACCGUCGAGCGAUGUAUACCUGCUGGGAACAAAGAAUCAAUGCUCGACCCGGAAACUACGGCGCACGGAUAGACUAUGUUCUUAGUAGCUUGGAUAUGCAGAAUUGGUUCUCUGAUUCUAAUAUCCAAGAAGGCCUGAUGGGAUCGGACCAUUGCCCGGUAUUCGCCGUCUUUAAGGAUAUCGUCCCUUUGGAUGGAGACCAGGUCAGUAUCCACGAUCUGAUGAACCCCUCUGGGGUGUUUGAAAACGGGAAGCGCCUGGAAGAAUAUAGCCCCAAGCUCCUGCUUCCACUUUCGGGGCGGCUGAUCCCAGAGUUCGACAAGCGGAGAAGCAUCAAAGACAUGUUUAUGCGUAAACCGAGUAGCGUCACUCCGAAAUCGUCGUCUACAACAUCACACCCUCCUUCGACCAAGGAGAAAGCGCCGAGUGUGAAAAACAUGGAGAGUCCCCCGACAAAGUCGCCUUGCAGCGUUUCUGCUCCGCUUUCCGAAACUGCCCAAAGCAAAGGCACAGUUCGCAAGCGGUCGGACAAAACUGAACUCCCAUCCGUUAAGCGUUCAAAACCCAUGAUUACUCAAUCAACGUCGGGGCAGAGUUCUCUCAAGGGAUUUUUCAAGCCCAAGUCUACGCCGGUCAGUGAAACUCAAACUUCCAGUCGAAGUGAGAACGGAUCUGCAUCUGGGGAAGCUAUCGAGCCGUUAUCUGCGGACAGCACAACAUCCACCAUCCAACCAGAAGCAGAAGAACAGGCUGUGAACUGGAAGGACGAGAUAAAUUCGCCAGUGACAUCCCAAGAGGAAACGCCCUUUAUCGAUCCAAUCGUCAGCAAGGAGGACUGGUCGAAGCUCUUUACCAGGAAAUCUCCUCCCAAGUGCGAAGGCCAUGACGAACCCUGUGUCAGCUUGAAAACCAAGAAGCCUGGGAUUAACUGCGGGCGAUCAUUUUGGAUUUGCCCCAGGCCUUUAGGGCCCAGCGGGAAUAAGGAAAGGGGAACCGGAUGGCGAUGUUCGACGUUUAUCUGGGCCAGCGACUGGGAUUCUUCGACUAUGUAGACUACACAGGAGUAGUUUUGGCAUAUUAUCUCCCGGGUUUAGAGCAAUGACCUUUUAUAAAUUCAUUGCUUUAUUCUGAAGUCAUGUCGGUUCGUAAAAAACAUCAGCACUACGGUCACAUCUCUCCCGCAAUCUAAAGGGAAAGUAGAAGAAAAGCUAUACAUCCGAAAUCCAAGCUAUAAGAAGAUGGCCGGGAUGACUCCGAUAUCCAGCCCCCCCCCCCCCCCCCCC